AUGGCUGACGGUAUUGACAGACGAGCGGAUGACAAGAUGGAGUUCAGCACCUCCAAGGAGGUCACCGUCGCUCCUACGUUCGAGGAUAUGCACCUGAAGGAGAGCCUUCUCCGUGGUAUCUAUGCAUAUGGUUAUGAGUCCCCAUCGGCAGUUCAGUCGCGUGCCAUUGUUCAGAUCUGCAAAGGUCGUGACACGAUCGCCCAAGCACAAUCUGGUACUGGUAAAACGGCUACUUUCUCCAUUAGUAUCCUGCAAGUUAUCGAUACUGUUGUUCGCGAGACUCAGGCUCUUGUCCUUUCCCCCACCCGUGAACUUGCAACUCAAAUCCAGUCCGUUAUCAUGGCCCUCGGUGAUUACAUGAAUGUCCAAUGCCACGCGUGUAUUGGAGGAACAAAUAUUGGCGAGGAUAUCCGAAAGCUCGACUACGGUCAACACGUCGUAUCCGGUACCCCUGGAAGAGUCGCAGAUAUGAUCCGUCGCCGUCACUUGCGCACCCGACACAUUAAGAUGUUAGUUCUCGAUGAAGCGGAUGAGCUGCUCAACCGUGGAUUCCGCGAACAAAUCUACGAUGUAUACCGUUAUCUACCCCCCGCCACCCAGGUUGUCGUUGUCUCCGCUACCCUACCUUACGAUGUGCUCGAUAUGACCACCAAGUUCAUGACAGAUCCCGUGCGUGUCCUGGUUAAGCGUGACGAAUUGACCCUGGAAGGCAUUAAGCAAUAUUUCAUCGCUGUGGAGAAGGAGGAAUGGAAGUUCGAUACCUUGUGCGAUCUUUACGAUACCUUGACUAUUACACAGGCCGUUAUUUUCUGCAACACCCGCCGCAAGGUCGACUGGCUCACGGACAAGAUGCGUGAAGCCAACUUCACUGUUUCCAGCAUGCACGGAGAGAUGCCUCAAAAGGAGCGGGACAGUAUCAUGCAAGAUUUCCGACAGGGGAACUCCCGAGUGCUCAUCUCCACUGAUGUGUGGGCUCGUGGUAUCGAUGUUCAACAAGUCUCCCUCGUCAUCAACUACGACCUCCCUACCAACCGUGAGAACUACAUUCACCGUAUCGGCCGUAGCGGUCGAUUCGGAAGGAAAGGUGUGGCUAUCAACUUCGUCACUAGCGAUGACGUGCGUAUCCUCCGUGAUAUCGAAUUGUACUACUCUACGCAGAUUGAUGAAAUGCCCAUGAAUGUUGCCGAUCUCCUCUCUUAA